GGCAUGCUGGGAAUGGUAGUUUUCAGACCCACGAGACCCGCAGAAACUGAAGCGUCGAUACUGCCUGUUCUCCCGCCUUCAUUUCCCAUCGUGCUGAGGCGGGUGGCAUGGCGGAGAAGGAUGACACCGGAGUUUGACGAAGAGGUGGUUUUUGAGAAUUCUCCACUUUACCAGUACUUGCAGGAUCUAGGACACACAGACUUUGAAAUAUGUUCUUCUUUGUCACCAAAAACAGAAAAAUGCACGACAGAGGGACAACAGAAGCCUCCUACAAGAGUCCUACCAAAAGAAAAUAUCCUGUUAAAAGUGGCUGAAACCGUCAAAAGUUGGAUUUUUUAUCCUCAGUGCAAUAAGAAAGAUGACUUACUUCACAAGUUGGAUAUUGGAUUCCGACUCGACUCACUACAUACCAUCCUGCAACAGGAAGUCCUGUUACAAGAGGAUGUGGAACUGAUUGAGCUACUUGAUCCCAGUAUCCUGUCUGCAGGGCAGCCUCAACAACAGGAAAAUGGACACCUGCCAACACUUUGCUCCCUGGCAACCCCUAAUAUUUGGGAUGUCUCAAUACUCAUUGCCUUCAUUAGUUUUCUCAUUGUACUUCCUGCUUGGUGGAUUCUAUCUUCGUGGCUGGUAUGGGGAGUGGUUUUAUUUAUUUAUCUGCUUAUACGAGCUUCGCGAUUAUGGAGGACAGCCAAACUACAAGUGACCCUAAAAAAAUAUAAUGUCUAUUUGGAAGAUAUGGCAGCAAAUAGCCGAGCUUUUACUAACCUGGUGAGAAAAGCUUUACGUCUCGUUCAAGAAACUGAAGUCAUUUCCAGAGGAUUUACACUUUUGCUUGACAGGGUCAGUGCUGCUUGCCCAUUUAAUAAAGCUGGACAGCAUCCCAGUCAGCAUCUCAUCGGUCUUCGGAAAGCUGUCUACAGAACUGUCAGAGCCAACUUUCAAGCAGCAAGGCUAGCUACCUUAUAUAUGCUGAAAAACUACCCCCUGAACUCUGAGAGUGACAAUGUAACCAACUACAUCUGUGUGGUGCCUUUUAAGGAGCUGGGUCUUGGACUGAGUGAAGAGCAGAUAUCAGAAGAGGAAGCACAUAACCUUACAGAUGGCUUCAGCCUGCCAGCAUUGAAGGUUUUGUUCCAACUCUGGGUGGCACAGAGCUCAGAGUUCUUCAGACGGUUAGCCCUCUUACUGUCUGCAGCCAAUUCACCUCCUGGGCGCUUACUUACUCCAGCCCUUUUGCCUCAUCGCAUUUUAUCUGAUGUGACUCAAGGUCUACCUCAUGCUCAUUCUGCCUGUCUGGAAGAGCUUAAGCGCAGCUAUGAGUUCUAUCGGUACUUUGAAACUCAGCACCAGUCAGUACCCCAGCGUAAAACUCAGCAGAAGUCCAGAGAACUGAAUAACGUUCACACAGCAGUGCGCAGCUUACAGCUCCAUCUGAAAGCAUUACUGAAUGAGGUAAUCAUUCUUGAAGACGAACUUGAAAAGCUUGUUUGUACUAAAGAAACACAAGAACUAGUGUCAGAGUCUUAUCAAAUCCUAGAACAGAAACUGAAGUUGAUUCAGCCCCAUGUUCAAGCAAGCAACAAUUGCUGGGAAGAGGCCAUUUCUCAGGUGGACAAACUGCUACGAAGAAAUACAGAUAAAAAAGGCAAGCCUGAAGCGGCAUGUGAAAACCCACACUGUACUGUGGUACCUUUGGUGCAGCCUACUGUACACAUUGCAGACAAAGACCCAAUCCCUGAAGAGCAGGAAUUAGAAGCUUAUGUAGAUGAUAUAGACAUGGACAAUGAUUUCAGAACGGAUGAUUUUUAUUACUUGUCUCAAGAAGACAAAGAGAGACAGAAGCGUGAGCAUGAAGAAUCCAAGAGGGUACUCCAAGAAUUAAAAUCUGUGCUGGGGUUCAAAGCUUCAGAAGCAGAGAGGCAGAAGUGGAAACAACUUCUCUUUAGUGAUCAUGGGGUAAAGUCCGAAUGGAAUUAGAGAGGGAAAUUCUACACUGGAACCUGCUGUGGCCAUUUGUUUUCUGUUAUGCUGCUUCUCUAGUGGAGUUACUGCAGCUUAGGGCUGUUUCUUGGAAAUGGACACGUUUUACAAAAAAUUUUUAAAUACCUGCCAGAUCUUCAAGAAGCACUUUUUUUUCCUUCCGUCAUGCUUCAUAAAAUAUUGUAUUGUACUAACCCCUCAUGCUGGGAGGAGAGACUGCCUAGCAAGCAACCCACUGCCUACUAACAUCAAGAGGGGCUAAAUAAAACUUCAUUUUCCUUGCAAGGACAACUGCUGCCGUAUGGAUAUAUAUAUAUAUAUUAUAUUUAUGUUUUAUAUUUUGUACAGUAGUUGAUCUUGAAUGCAGAUUUUAUUUCAUUUGUGUUUUUCUGUGGCACCACAAAAUAUAUAGAAGGUAUGGCUUGACCUCCAUCAGGGUCUCACUAGGUAGUCGGCAAGUAAGUUCAAUUGUGCAUUGUAUUUUUUUCUAUGCUGUUUUUAACAGCGUGUUACUAUGCUGUAAAUAUAUACAUUUAUAUGUUGAAGAUGAGGGUAUAUCUAGAUUUAUUUUAGGGCUUUCAUCUGAUAUAUUAUCAGUGAAAACCAUGCUUAUUCUUUAAUAUAUUGGUUCUCAAACUUUAGUAUACUUCAGCCUCAAGUGGAGGGCUUGUAAACCAUAGUCUGAUCCCCACUCCCAGAGUUUCCAGUUCAGGAGGUCUGGGAGUCAGCCCAAGAAACAGAAUCCUUGGCAAUGACUGAUGCUAGUGGUUCAAGGACCACACUUUGAGAACUGCCUUAAACUUUGAAUUAGAUAAUAUGUGAGAUCUUUUUAAAAUCUUCAUCAAAUCCCCAUCUUAUUUCAUUUCUUAGGCAUUUUAUCUCAUAAAAUUGCUUGGAUUUAUAAAUUUACAUUGAUUUCACUAUAAAGUUUUAUUUUAUUUUUAAUUUUUUUUUUUUAAGGAUAAAAACUACUGGGAGUUUAAAGUUUAAACCAUUAAUGGGUUGUUAGUUACUAGUUUUCUUUUUUCUUCCUUCCUUCCUUUCUU